UCCGGUGUGAGCCACGGACUUACGUUCCUCUACGUGCUCCGUCGAUAGUCUCGCGUUUUAUUUAUUAUUUAAUUUAGAACCAUCUUACUAAUAACUUCUUAUUUAUACUGCUCCAGUUUGUAGUUUUAUAGAAGCUGCUGCUAAGUGGCGGAAGUUAGCUUUUAGCUUCUCUAAGCACAUGUAAACAAUGCGAUGAGGGAAGGUUCCGGUUUACACGGAAAUAAACAAACAGGAGCACGAACAGACAGGAGUGGAUUUGCUGGUUUGCUACAGUUUCACUGAGGUCCCCGUCUCCUAUGGAUUCACUCAACACUUUUGAAUCUGAGAUGGAGGCUGACGGUCAGGGGAACUACUCUCUGUUUCCUGCUCUGGACAGCAUCGCGAGUCUCUCUGGGACCGCAGAGGCUCUGGAGAGCGAACCACCAAGUGAAAUAGCAGAGAAGCCAAACCUCACAUGGCUCGAUGCAGCACAGAUUGUCUUGGAAGAAGCUGGCCGCUCCAUGCACAUAAAGGAGAUUAAACAGAGAAUCAUCGACAGGGGACUUGUUCAAUCCAAUGCGAAAUCGAGCCUGGAGGCUGUCAUGUACCGUGAGACACAAAAAGGCAGCAGGAGAUUCAAGAGGAUUGAGAACAGAAACGGAGUCUUUGCCCUGCUGACUGAUGAGGAGAGGCAGCAGGCCCUGCAGGCCUUCACCGCCCAGUCUUUCCUCGGCUCUCCGCAGCACAAUACCGUCUCCAGUUCGGGCUCUGGUACCUCGGCGCACGCCUUCCCCUCCCCCACCAGUUCCUCGGAGCACAGGACCAAGAUAAAGAGAGGCCCACGAAAAAAACAGAACGAAAAGUACCAACUCAAGUACCUUAGACUUCGCAAAGCUGCCCGUGCCAUGAUAUUUGAGAAUGCAGCGCUCUGUGAUGAAGUUGCCCACUUAGAAGAGAAGUUUCUGAGAGCGAAGGAGGAGCGGAGGUUUUUACUGAAGUCGUUGUUGCAGUACCAGUCGUUUUCAGAGGGGGAGAUGUUGCCAAACGCUAGCUCAAGCUCUCAUCCACCUGGACCGCCUGCAGCGAUGACAUCAAGUGCUGCCGGGGCCUCAGGCUUGUCUGGGGGGCAUAACCUGGCGUCAGUGGUGUCGACAGGGGAAGAGGGACCGCUUAAAAAACCCAAGAAGGAAAGGAAAGAGCGAGGCAGGGAAAAUGGAAAGGACGAAUUUCCAAAGAAGAUGUCUAAGAAGAGAAAGCUAGCAGACGGGUCUCGGAAACUGGUGCAGCCCAUCGCUCUGGACUCGUCUGGUCGCCCCGUCUUUCCCAUCGUACUGGGAGGUUUAACGGUCUACAGCCUGGGAGAGAUCAUCACAGACAGGAUGUUGUUCCAUGAUGAGUGUGCCAUCUACCCGGUGGGCUUCUGCAGCACUCGAGUCUUUGCCAGCAUGAAAAGCGCCGACCAGCAGUGCCUCUACACCUGCCAAAUCAAGGAUGUGGGAGCAGGUCCGCAGUUUGAGAUUGUGCCUGAGGAAGAUCCUCAGAAUGCCAUCGUGGCCUCCUCGGCCCUGACAUGCCACGCCAAUCUACUGAAGGCCAUCGCGUCCGUCAGUUCUGUGUCCGUGGCGCCCAUCGUGCCGUCGGGGGCGGACUUCUUUGGCUUCUCACACCCCACCAUCCAGAAUCUCAUCCAGAGUUGUCCCGGAGCGCGCAAAUGUAGCAACUAUCGAUGGGUACGCUUUGAGGUGUGUCGCGGCGCCGAUGUUCAGGUUCCUCUCAGCCUAUCGGAGGACGACGCCUCGGUCAACUUUGAUGCCUACCAGAGACAUCGGGGCUUCGACGAGAACAUCAAGACGGAGCACAUGACAGGACAGGCGCCGCAGUCCCCUAGCUCCUCUCAUCAGCGCCACCUGACGUCCCCCACUAUGAAGCCCUCUACCUCCUAUUUCAACUCCUGAAAGUAAAUCUCCCCCAGUUUAGUAUUACAGAGGCAUACGGUAACUUCUACCUAUGAUAUUUAUCGUAUGUCUUCUAGCGUCCCUAGCGGCAUUACUGGGGAUGUGCUAAUCUAGCCGAUGCAAAUUUACUGGAUGUGGCUGCCGAGUUAGCUUUGUGCUUAAUGUGCCAGUAACAAACACAUCUCUGUAUUGACGGUUGCAUUUCUGUAUGAAACAUGUGCUGCAUUUUAGAAAUUGAAUUCCACAAUGCUUUUCCCGACAAGUUGUGGUACAUUUGGUAUUUUACUGUUGGUAAAGUUGGAUUAUAUUUUUUCCAGUCGAAAACAGAUUUUGAUUCAUCAAUUUCAUUCUAUUGCCAUCUUGCUUUGGCUUGAAAUGAAUGCACCCACACAAACGUAGUCGUUUUAAUCAUUUAUUUGUGCAAAUUUUGUUCAGUUACAAAGAUCCACGUGUUGUAAACUUGAGUUUCAUUCAAAUAAAACAUCAGUCAUGUUUUCUA